AUGAAAUUACUGAUUGUAUUAUCAGCAGUGCUGGCCCUCUCAGCGGCUGUACCUCAAAGAAGGCUAUCUCUUAAACCAGAAGGCCAAGAGGACCAACAGACCGCCGAACAAAACUACAACAACUACCAACAAGGUGACUACAGGCCCCAACAAGCACAGGAAUUCAGGAAACCAGUCGAAGAUUUCCGGCCCCGUGUUGAACUUGACACCACAACAUACAUCCCAAUCAUUCACUUCGACAAGGAACAAUCUAACGAUGGCAGUUACAAAACAUCAUACGAAACUGGAAACAAUAUCCACGCUCAAGAAACAGGAUACCUGAGGACUGUAAGCACUGACAACGAAGACAUACCAGCUCUUGUCCAGCAAGGUUCCUACUCCUACACCGCACCAGAUGGUCAAAUCAUCACCGUAGAAUACACAGCUGAUGAGUUCGGAUUCAGGGUCAAGGGUGACCAUAUUCCAACUCCUCCUCCAGUCUCCCCUGAAAUCCAAAAGGGACUUGAUCUGAUUUACGCUGGAAUCAAGGCUAACGCGGAGCGUGCUGCUUUGGACGCUAAGAACAACCCAGCAGCUGCCAAAUUAAACGACGAACAGGCUUCCCUUAACUACAGAGGACAAUACAAUGGACAACAAUAG